CCAAACCUUUUUCCUUUGAACUGUCACGGAUCGACUUCCAUGAUCAACGUAGAAGACGGUAAGACUCCCAACCCCAAACCGGAGCAUCCCGGCACUCCGACCAUUCUCCUCGCCAAAGUCCGGACCAACCUAUCCUUCCAGUCCAAAUGGUCCGAACUGAACGGAGCCAUGGGAGACCUGGGCACCUACAUCCCCAUCAUCCUCGCCUUGGCUCUGGCCAACGGCCUCGACCUCGGUACCACCCUCAUCUUCACCGGCGUCUACAACAUCCUCACCGGCGCCCUCUUCGGCGUCCCCAUGCCCGUCCAGCCCAUGAAAUCCAUCGCCGCCGUCGCCAUCUCCAGCGGCCCAGACUUCGCCGUCCCCGAGAUCAUGGCCGCCGGUAUCUGCACCUCGGCCGUCCUCUUCUUCCUAGGCGCCACCAGGCUCAUGCAACUCGCCUACAAGCUCAUCCCCCUCCCCGUCGUGCGAGGAAUUCAGCUAUCUCAAGGGCUAUCCUUCGCGAUGACCGCCGUCAAAUACAUCCGCAACGAUCAAGAUCUCGCAAAAGGGAAAUCUUUAGGGCAGAGGUCAUGGCUAGGCCUCGAUGGACUGCUUCUAGCCAUAAUCGCCACCAUCUUCAUCGUCGUCAUAAAUGGUGCUGGCGAGGAAGAAGAAGAUAACAACGAGCUUGCUCACGUUGGAUCCGGAGAAGAACAGAGACGACGACGAGGGAGGCGAUGGAGACGAUUACUAGUCUCGGUACCAUCCGCCGUGUUCGUCUUCCUGUUAGGCAUCAUAUUGGCUAUGAUAAGAAAGCCAAGCGCCGUGAAAGAAUUGAAACCAGGGCCAUCAGCCGUGCAUGUGAUGAGAAUCUCCAAGCAUGCAUGGAAAGAAGGAUUCAUCAAAGGAGCGGUGCCUCAGAUCCCAUUGUCGGUGCUGAAUUCGGUGAUCGCCGUGUGCAAGCUCUCGGCCGACCUCUUUCCCGACAAGCCGGAGGCGACGGCGACAUCGGUGUCGGUCACUGUCGGGCUGAUGAAUUUGGUUGGUUGUUGGUUCGGGGCGAUGCCGUGCUGUCACGGAGCAGGUGGGCUCGCAGGGCAGUACAAGUUCGGCGGGCGGAGCGGCGGUUGCGUGGCGGUGCUCGGGGCGGCGAAGCUGGUCGUGGGGGUGGUGCUCGGGGGGUCGAUGCUGAGAGUGUUGGUGGAGUUUCCGGUGGGGUUGUUGGGGGUGCUGCUGCUGUUCGCGGGAGUGGAGUUGGCGAUGGCGGCGCGGGACAUGGCGUCUAAGGAGGAGGCGUUUGUGAUGCUGCUGUGCGCCGCGGCGUCGCUGGUGGGCUCCAGCGCCGCGCUUGGGUUCGUUUGUGGGAUCGUUGCGCAUCUGCUGCUCGUGCAUACAUGGUGGUGGACGAAAUGAUUGGGUUUUAAAAAAUUAUUGUUGCUAUUUUAGGUAAGAGUCCCACAAAGUUGACCCUGUAUGAUGGUAAGAUUCGAUCUUAUCACUAGUAUUAUGAGUCUCUCUAUAAACAUAUAAAAUAAAUUAUU